AUGGCACUCGAAGGUCGCAAACUCUAUCGCGACGCCCUCGUGGCAGGAAGCCUAGGCUUCAUCACCUUUGGGUGGGAUGCUGGUGUAUUGGGAGGAGUUCUCCAGACCCCCGAGUUUCAAGCCGCGAUCGGAAAUCCGACAGACACCUAUCAAAUCUCCAUGGUCACGUCGACUUUCUUGCUGGCAUCUUGGCUGGGAUGUAUGGUCAUAACAUUUUUGGGUAGCAGGCUCGGACGCAAGACGUGGAUUUUGGUGGGCAAUUUCGUGGAGAUGAUUGGCACCAUCAUAUGUGCGUCAUCGUACUCGUACGGACAAAUGAUUUCUGGCAGAGUGUUUAUUGGAAUCGGUAAUGGAUUUUUGACGUCAAUGAUCCCUGUCUACGUCGCCGAGAUGGCGACUCAGAAAGAGCUCCGCGGCCGAGGCGUUAAUGGUAUGAUUGCAGCCGCAUCUCUCGGAACCGCGCUUGCAUAUUGGGUCGAUUUCGGAAUGGUCUUUCUUAAAGACAAUUCAGUCAUCUGGAGAUUCCCAGUAGCGCUUCAAGCGCUUUUCGCCAUCCUUACCAUAGUGGCUUUCGGGAAACUGCCGGAGACACCCCGCUACUUUUACAUGAAGGGUCAAGAUACAAAAGCUGAUGCUAUUCUUGAGCAAGUCUAUGGAGCCCCGCUUGAUCAGCCCCAAGUUCAACAUGCUAGAGCUGAGAUUUUGGCCGCUCUUGAACUCGAGCGUGCCGAGCAAGCAGCCCUCAAAAUUACCGACUUCUUCCGGGACACUUCGAGCAUGCAAUCCGCUCGCAGGAUCCGUACAGGUGUGAUCUUGGUCGGUAUCGCGUACUUGAUGGGUAUCAACGUCAUCUUCUACUACACAACGACGAUCUUCCAGAUAUACAUCGGCCUUGAGCCUCUGACCGCCUCUGGACUCGCUGGCGCUUCGACUACGCUCCUCGCCAUCACAAAUUACAUGGGAGUCUACUGGCUCGAAAAAUUUGGCAGACGAACUUGGCUCCUCGCAGGGGCAAGUCUCCAGACGGUGUUUAUGGCUAUCUUCACUGGGCUAUUGUCAUCUCCUGGGCCUAAAACUGGAGCUGCCGCAGCCGCGAUGCUUUUCGCCUGGAUUGCGGUCUUUGGUCCUACAUGGGGUCCAGUAACUUAUGUGUACGCUUCCGAGAUUAACCCUCUCAGAUAUCGCCAUAUUGGAUUCGCUCUCAGCGUGUGCGCUCAAUGGCUUAUGUCGUUCGUCACCGUCUUCGCGGGACCAAUCGCCAUCGCCGACCCCAAUGUCGGAUGGAAGACGUGGAUCUGGUUUUUGGUGUUCAACUUCAUUGCUAUUCCAUUUGUUUAUUUCUCCUGCCCUGAAACCCGCGGUUAUACCAUGGAAGAGAUCGAUCUGAUCUUCAUGUUGGACAAGGUUAAGGACACAUCGGCCGCAAAGACUCUGCAACGAGAGGGCGCUGAAGAGUCUGCCAGCUCCGCCGCGAGUAUCAAUGAACAACGAAUCUCCGCCGAAAAGAGCGCCGCAUGA